AUGCUGUGUCUCUCACUGGUUACUGUAUUCUUCGCCACCUACUUUGGAUUCAUGUUGCCCGUGAUGUGGGCAAGAACUAUAUGGCCUCGCCUCUACUGGUUCGUCGAGGGAAAACUCUACCGUUGGCUUCAAUCGUUCAUCGCCUACUGGGGCUACACCGCUGGGUACGAUGUCUACGAAUACGGAGAUGACGUCACGACGUACUACCGUGACGAGCGAGUUCUGAUGAUGUGUAACCAUCAGAGCACAGCCGACGUGCCAACUCUGAUGACAGUACUCCAGAAUAAGGGCGUGGCGAGUCGAAAGACGUUAUGGUUGAUGGAUGUAAUGUUCCGAUGGACUCCAUUCGGAAUUAUUGGAAAUAAUCACGGAGAUUAUUUCAUUCAACAGGGAAAAGCGACGAGGGAUAAAGAGUUGAUUCGACUCAAAAAACAUUUGCAUGACGUCUUCUGGGAUAGAGAUAGACGAUGGGUUAUUCUAUUUCCGGAAGGAGGAUUCUAUUAUAAACGUGUUGAGAGCAGUCAGAGCUACGGUAAGAAGAACGGUUUCCCUCAUCUCCUCUACACGACUCUCCCCCGAAUGGGCGCCGUGAAGGCAAUUCUGGAAGAAGUGGGACCACGAGUGAGCCAAGAUGACGAUGAGCCAAGAGAGAGGAGUAAUAGUAAAUUGAAGUUGUUGAAGGAUACGGUCGGCGCGAUUCGAGAGAAGAAAUAUGUCAAGGGUGGGUAA